CUCACUUGUUCACUUGCCAUAUCUUUGUCCAUUAUCAGCAUCAUGUCACCACUGGAGCAAGUCAUUGAAGAUCUUUUACAGAACACGCAAACCAUGUCGCGAAAACAAUUCAACAAACGGAAUCAGGAUGUCACCAAUCACCUUUCUCAGUUACCGACAACCCAACGUCUUCUACGUAAUGCAGAUCCAAACGAGGCUAAAUUAUUUGCUGUUAGUUCAGGAGAAGCUCAAGCAAGAUUUCAUGCUGAUCUAAUGAAGGAAAUGCAAGCCAUUAGAAAUGCUACCUCUCGACCUGAUGCUGAACGCCUGUUAUCUCUUGCCAGUGCCCUCAACAGGAUCAGUAAUGUAGCAUCCAUAGAAGAGAAAAUCACUGAAAUGAAACAACAACAUGAGGAAUACCAAGUCAAUAUCAGCUAUUUGGAGUCUACAUACAAAGACAACGAAAAAGCUUUACAGACCUAUAGACAACAACAGUCCCAUUCUCUCCAUGACAACAAGAAGACAUUAGCUGAAACUGAACAGGAACUAUACCAGGAAGAAUCCAAAAUGAACACUAACGAAGAACUACUACAAGGAAAAAGACUCAAGUUGGAACAACUCAAAUCGCUGAUCAAAGAAAAACGACAUCAAUUAAGCCAAUUAGAGAAACAACAAUUACAUACAAAUACAAAUGAUCAUCACAAUAGUAAAACCGACAAUAAUCAUCAGCUAUUGGAGAAUAUUGAAAGAUUGAAACGUACUAUCCUUACCAAAAAAUCGAUAUUAGCUUCAUCAUCAUCAUCAUCACCGUCUCUACCUUUGACCGGAAACACUCCUUCGACAGCCACAAUGGACCAGUUAUCUUGCUCUGGUAAAAUUUCAUCAUCAUCAGCUUCAACUAUUACCGCUCCAGCACAAACUCUGUUUGAUCAACUGCAAUCGAAAAUUAAUAAAGCAUAUAAAACAAACGUAUCAUCAGACACUAUGAAAGGCAACACUUCAAACAAGGAAAUCAUAUCGAUCUUAGAAUUGAUUAUUCAAGCAUUACAAGAUAUGAAGAUUCGGUAUGACAAGGCACAGUUUUUGGAAGAUCAACUUGAAAAGAUGAAUGAUUUGAAGCAAAAGAUAUUGAUCAAGGCGAAAGGUGUCAAGGAUAAUAAUCAAGAAGCAUUGAUGGCAUCGAUCCUGGUGUUACUGGAGAAUCAUGGAAGAAUGCGACUAGAAUCAUUGAAAGACCAAGCCACGACAAUUGCUAUAGGAUUAGGAUUGGACUCUAGUCAAGGAUCACAAGCAAUAUAUAGUUGGGUUGGUAAAACGGCGAUUAGUAUAGAUCGUAGUCAAGAUGAUAGUUAUGUACAAUCCAAUUGGGAAGAAUAAUGCGAAUAAACAAACUGUAUUUCCUUAUCAUGUCGUACUCGUAUCACCGUAUUGUCCUUUGUGGGGGAAGCGGAAGUUCAUUUUACUCCUAUGCUAUUUUUUUUUUUUGUUAUUUUCAUAAUU